GGACGAAAUGCUUCGUUAGAAAGGAUGGAUUUUAUUUUAAGGUCUGCCCAGAUAGGCCAUUGGAGGAAGAGCGCCACGUGACAGAGGGGUGCCAAUGUUAUUCUCCAAGGGUGUCAAGACCCUGUCAGUUUGCGAAAUAAAUAUUGGGAAACAACGAAAUGCAAAAAGCGACCUACUACGACAGCUCUGCAAUCUAUGGUGCCUACCCCUACCAAGGAGCAAAUGGUUUCACUUAUAAUGCAAGUCAGCAGCAAUAUCCUCCGUCUUCAUCACUUGUGGAAACUGAGUACCACCGCCCCGCGUGCUCCCUCCAGUCCCCUGGCAGCUCCGUGUCCCACCACAAGGCCAAUGACAUCAGUGAGAGUUGCAUGAGGACCCUCCCCAGCCAACCUCUCCAGCCCCCUGGCCUCACGGACCCGCAGGCCCCACCACAGCCGCCUCCGGCCCAGCAGGCGCAGCCUCCACCUCCGUCCUCUGCCUCACCAUCUCAAAAUGCCAGCAGCAACCCUGCCCCAGCCAACCCCACCAAGAGUCCGGCUCUUAACUCGCCCACCAUGUCCAAACAGAUAUUCCCAUGGAUGAAAGAGUCUCGACAAAACACAAAGCAGAAAAACAGCAGUUCCAGUUCAGGUACGAAACACACUCCCCCUUUCCCUGGGUGUGAGAGUUGUGCUGGUGAUAAAAGCCCUCCAGGGCAAGCCUCCUCUAAGCGAGCCCGUACAGCUUACACAAGUGCCCAGCUGGUAGAACUGGAAAAGGAGUUCCACUUCAAUAGAUACCUUUGCAGGCCACGAAGGGUAGAGAUGGCUAAUUUGCUCAAUCUCACAGAAAGACAGAUCAAAAUCUGGUUUCAGAACCGCAGAAUGAAAUACAAAAAGGAUCAAAAGGGCAAGGGCAUGAUGACCUCUUCAGGAGGACAGUCCCCAAGCAGAAGUCCUGUCCCUCCAGCUGCUGGGGGAUACCUAAACUCUAUGCAUUCCUUAGUAAACAGUGUCCCCUACGAGCCCCAGUCACCUCCAUCAUUUAACAAGCCUCAUCAAAACACCUAUGGCAUCCCUGCAUCAUAUACUGCUCCUCUUAAUAAUUGCCCACCUCCUCAAAAGAGAUAUACGGGGACAGCAGCUGUGACACCUGAAUACGAUACUCAUCCUCUUCAAGGCAAUGGUUAUGGGAAUCCACAUAUACAGGGAAGCCCCGUCUAUGUAGGGGGCAACUACGUGGAGACCAUGACCAAUUCUGGGCCUUCCAUCUUUGGUCUAACUCAUCUCCCUCAUCCUCCCUCUGCCAACAUGGACUACAGCGGGGCUGGGCCAAUGGGCAACAGUCACCACCAUGGACCUUGUGAUCCACACCCAACCUACACAGACCUUACUGCUCACCAUCCUUCUCAGGGAAGAAUUCAGGAAGCGCCCAAACUCACCCAUCUGUAAGACACAGGAGUCACUAAGUGGAACAUGAAGUCCCCAACUUUUUAAAAGUACUUGUGCCCACCCCUCUCUCUUUCCUGCUCCCACUAUGUGCCCUCUCCUCUCUUUCUUGUUUUUUCUGUUUGUUUUGGUUUGUUUUGUUUCCUUUGGUAAAAGCGUUCUCUAGUUUAUGUGACGUAGCAAUAUUUGUUGCUUGAAUUGCUCUAUAGUUUCACUAGUGGAUAUUUAUCUUCUUGAACUGUAGCCUUGUGUCUCACUUUGGGAGUAUACAUAGGCUUUAUACUUUACCUUCUACACUUUUAU